UAACUUUACAAGUCACCUUACGGAUCGAACUGUCCAGCCUCAGCAUUACAAACUACGUCGUGCAGUCGCGGCACAUCUUACUGCGCGGUCUGUUAUCGUGGCGUUUCGCGCGAACGCGAAAUUUUGGAUGACAUCUCGAGAUCUACGUGAUAGGAACUUUCAUUGGAGCUGAAAUAUUUUCGUUUCUGAUUUAUCUCGCCGAUCGUAUGGCCAUCGUGAAAGAGAAUCGCGCUGCGAAUCCGCGGCAAGGCUAUGGCUGGAAGACGCCCUGGGACUACUCCCAGCUGUUUAUCUGGGCCAUGCUCAGCCAUACUGAAUUCAAUAUACUUUAGCCCGGUUUAGCCUGGCUGUAUCACGUGAUCCACUAUAUAUCAUACCUCUAUGUGGCAGCUUACAUAUACGCACGCAUAAACGCACACAUAUAAAUGUUUACGUUCAAAUUGGGAUAAGAAUGAUGCCUCUAAAUAGAUAACUUAACCUUACAAAAUUCUUAAUAAUUAAUUGAUUCAAGGGCAAUCUGUAUUUGCGCAACAUGAAGCUGCAUAUAGCUUUAUUUCUACUAGGAAUCCUAAUACACACAAAUGGAAUCUCCCUUGACACACCUCUACCACGUAUCGCCAUUGUAGGAGGUGGCAAUGGCGGUGCUUCGGCCUCGCACUUUCUUACAGAGCUACUGAAUGGAAACUUGGAGAUUGACUUGUACGAAGUGAAAACUAUCGGUGGACGAUUGGCGACAAUAAAGAUCGGUGACGAUGAAUUCGAAGCUGGCGGUGCAAUUAUACACCCUAAGAACAUGUACAUGCAGAAGUUUGUCAAACUUUUGGGUUUGGAGCAUAAUUCUCCUGAUGGAUUAAAAAUGGGUAUAUGGAAUGGAGAUGAAUUUGUAUUCAAAGAAAGUGACUGGUCUAUAGUAACUAUAGCACAGUUAUUAUACAGAUAUGGUUUUCAACUGUUUAAACUUAACAGAUAUGUAAAUGACAUAUUGGAUGAUUUCUUGAAGAUAUAUGAUCUGCAGGAUGCUGGAAUGUCUUUUGCCAAUGUCACUGCACUAUUGUCAGCUUUAAAUAAAGAUUUCCCGAAAUUAUUACAGACACCUAUAAAAGAUCAUCUUCUACACAUGGGUUUUACAAAUCAAUUGAUCGAUGAAUUAGUGCAAGCUGUCAACGUGGUAAAUUAUGGUCAAGAAAUCAAUAUUCAAAGUUUUGUUAGUCUAGUAUCUUUAGCUGGGGCAUCUGGCGAACUAUGGUCUGUUAAAAAUGGAAAUAAAGAGGUACCACAGCAUCUUAUUUAUAGAAAUAAAAACGUAAAUGUAGUGCCAAGUCGUGUUACAAAAAUUCGUUAUGUAGCAGAUAACGAUAAGAAUCAAUAUGAAGUGACCUACAUAAACAAAGAUAGUACAGAUCCGAUGACAUCGAAUUAUGAUAUUGUAAUUAUUGCCACACCACUUACGCACGACCAAGCAUUCCCAAUAGAAUUUGUGGGAUUUCCGGAUGAUUUCAUAUUUCAAGGAAAUUAUCAAACGACAUAUGCAACAUUCGUCAAAGGAAAUCUUAAUCCAAAGUACUUUGGCUUGAAAGAAACUAUAGAUGCUAUUUUUAGCUGUAAUCCCAAUAAAACAAUAAUCAGUUCAAUCGGACAGCAAGGUCUUGUCAAUGGAUUAGUUAAGAAAAACUCACCAGUUUGGAAAAUCUUCAGCAGAAAAUCUAUAGACACAAAUCUUAUAGACAAAAUGUUUUCUAAGGUUACUGAGAAGAAGGAAAUCCUUUGGAAAGCAUACCCUCAAUAUUCAACAAACUUACAACUCAAUAAAUUUAAGCUACAUGAUGCGCUGUAUCAUGUCAAUGCAAUUGAAUGGGCUGCAAGUGCAAUGGAAAUGAGUGCAAUAGCUGGAAGAAAUGUCGCUAUCUUGGCAAGCGAUGAUUUUCUCCAAAAAUAUAAGCCUAUAUCGACUAAAGCCUAUAAAGAUUCGACGAAAAAGUUACGUACGAAUGAGUUAUAACAAUCCUAUUUUUACUAUUAACAUUAUUGUUAUUAGUAAUAAUAUUAAAAAUAUUCUUUAAAACAUUGUUUAAAUAAAAU